UAUGGUGUGCACCACUUCUUGCCAAAUUUUUGGAAACCUGCUGAGCAAGUGAAUGCUCCUCUUAAGAAACCCAAGUGGCUUGAUGAACUUUGCCAAAAGCAGCCUCUUAAUGACUUGGAUACUAUUAUCCUGUCAAUCAACUGUGCUGCUGCUGCUGCUGCUAAAAUAGUGCAUAAAAAACACAUGGGCUCCAAGAGAUCUUCAAUGAAGUUUCCCAAUAUUCACAGGAUUAAUAAUUUCACAUCGCAAUUAUUGGCCUUUAUCCUAGCUUCAUUAUCCACCCUAGUCUAUAUGUUCGUACAGUUUUUCUGUACAUUAUUAAGUUUUGGAUCACAACCAUGGAUAUCUAGUACAUCAACUAGGAUACUCAGCAGUACGCACUUAAAUGUCCAAAUUCGCUGUUGUCAAAUUUUAUAUUGGCCAAUGUUUCUUCAAGAUAAUGAUCUCAGGUCUCAAUCGUGUGUAGAAUUUGCUGAAAAAGCUGCACUUCAUAAACAUUCCAUGUGGUCGAGUUUAGUUAUUGAUGUUCUUUUGGGAAACCUGAUUGGGUUAGGAAUGUUAUUUUAUGCAGAAUCUAUCUGCUUAUGGAUUUUAAACUUUUCAAGUUAUAUUACAAAUGAGUUUUUGCGCUCGGGUUGUGUGUGGUUGAUGGGAGUCCCAGCGGGUUUCAAGUUGAACACAGAAUUGGCAGGAGUUCUUGGCAUGAUUUCUCUUAAUGCAAUACAGAUUUGGUCUACCAUUUGGACCUUUGUGGGUUCUCUCAUCAUUCAUUUUAUAAGAGCACUUGCUUUAUUGGGAAUUUUUUUUGGGGUCACCAUACCUGCUGCUUUGUUCAUCGACAUUAUGACCUUGGUAACACUUCAUGUGUCAGCUCUUCACUGGUUGAUUGCCCUCUUAUAUUCACAGCAGAUACAGGCUUUAGCAGCUUUAUGGCGACUUUUCAGGGGUCGAAAGUGGAAUCCUCUUCGUGAGCGAUUAGAUAGCUAUGGGUACACUGUGAAGCAACACAUAGUUGGAUCUCUUCUGUUUACUCCACUUUUACUUCUUUUACCAACAACUUCUGUCUUUUAUAUUUUUUUCACCAUGAUAUCUACAUUGAUCAGCUCCGUUUCUAUACUGAUAGAAAUAGCCAUAUCCAUUAUUCAUGCUACCCCUUACAUUAAAAUAUUUCUUUGGUUGGUGAGGCGGAGAAGAUUUCCAUCUGGCAUCUGGUUUGAAAUUAUGACUUGCAAGAGUGACACCCCUGAUUCUCAAGAGGUUGCUUGUCUUGGUAACCUUGGUCCACCGUCUGAAGGUUUACAGGGGGAUAAUUUUCCAAAUAGAAAGGCAUCUACUGUUCUGGUUUCUACUCUCCGCAGUAACUUGUUAAGUAUAGGACAAGUACUCUUGCCUCACUAUAAGAAGGUUUUUUCAGGGAUAUCUGGUUCAUUUUCUGCAAUUUCAGCUUAUGGAGUUCUAACCGGGAGAAGAAUGCCCUCUACUUUAGGUGUUGGUUUGCCUCCACAAAUGCCAUGGAUGUCAGUUCCCUUCAAGCAAUACUGGUGCCUUUGUCGCAAUUCUAUUCUUUCAUGCAUGGCGGACCACAACAAUCAUUUGGCGUAGUUCAGUGAUUUUAGGCAAUGUUGAAUUUCUUCUUUGUCGAUUCUCAAUCAUUUGAUGAGCUCAAGUUCUUAUCUCCGGUAGGCUUGAGACCCAUUUUACCACUUGACUGCAUAAGCCUUCCACUUCGGUUUGCUUGUAGUAAUGACAAAAUUGGCAUGAUUUUCAACAAUUUAAUAUUUUAUGAUUUA